AUUAUAAACAUGUUUCUUCUAUAAAUUUGCUCCCUUGAAGCAAUGUUAAUCAACCAAUGAUCACACUAGAGAAGGGAUAUAUGGUUAAUGAUGAAGACGACCGUCGCAGUAUUAUUUGUGCUAGGUCUGGCAUUCUUGGAUCUUCAAGUGGAUGCUAGAAGGCUUCUUUUGAAGGAAAUCAAGGCAGAAAAAACUGAUGAUAAGCCUUUGUCUCAUGUGCAGAAGGAUGGUAAAUUAGAUGCAAUUAACAAUGCUGGAACUGAUGUUAAGCCGAAUAAUCAACCAGGAAAAGUUGGCACCUAUGGUAAUCCAGUGACAGGCUCAGUGCCAGCAUCUGAUACCAAUAAUGAUAAUGCAACUAGCAGCCCUUCUACUGGUGACAACAAGGGCAGCACUGACGACGAGGCCAACAGCAGUUAUGGGAACUAUGGCAAUCCUUCUGGAUCAUCUACUGAUACUCACCAUUCCUUUACCAAUGAUUGCCAGCCUAAGAAAGGUUGUUGAUCAAUCAUGAGUCAAAGCGAUGCAAUUGUAGCAUAUAGAGUGGUCUACACUGCUAAGUUUUUCUAUGGUAUUGAACUGCAAGGUGCUCUUGUUACUCAUGUAACGUAUAUAUAUGUCAUGGCUAUCUUGCCUCUAGGCCUGCUGCUUCUGUGCUUCAUACUAUGUUUGAAUAAAGGCCAUGACUAGUGUGCUUGUGAGUGCUAUAGUUCUAGUUUUCAAGGAUUAGUAGCUGAAAGAAUGGACAACUUGAAAAAUGAAA